UUUUUUACAAAGUUGACGGAAGCCUUUCCAAUUCCAAGCAAGAAUGCCAAAGAAGUUGCUAAAUGCAUAAUGAAAUUGUUCUCCACCACGGUGCUUGCUAUGCUUUUUUGUUGGAUAACGGAGGUGAAUUUGUGAAUGAGGCGAUUACAUACCUUUCUGAAUGGGCACCCAGAGAAGUGGGACGAGUUCUUAGAUGCUGCCCUUUGGUCAAUGCGCUUGAAGCAACAGGCCAUGACAAAGUUUUUGCCAUUGAAAGUGCUUUAUGGUCGGGAGCCCAGAUUUCCCAUAGAACUUGAAGAUUUGCCGGAAACUUUAGAGAUAAGCAAAUUAUUACCGAGCAAAGGUGAUAUAGAUGCUCACAUGGAUCGUUUCCAAGCUGCCAACGUUAAGCUGUAUGAGAAGCUCUGCUCAAAUGUUGCUGUCGUGCAAAGCAAGCAGAAAGAAGCAAAAAGAAAAAAGAUCCUCAGCAAACAGCCUGAUUUGAAAGUCGGUUCCAAAGUCCUGGUUUCAAAUAUUGGAAUCAAAAGCCAGGAAGGGAGAAAACUGGAACAGAGAUACUCCGGUCCAGUGAGAAUUUCCGAAAUUCAAGGCAAUAGAUUCUUUCUUGCAGAUAUGGAGGGGAAUGUAUUGAAAAAACCAGUCCAUAAAACCAGGCUCAAAUUAUACAAGGAGCAGAAAGGCAAUGGAGCCUUCCCUUCUUCCAUCGGAGCAAGGAUAGUGAAAGAUGAGGAUGUUCCUUACAACAGGACUUUGGAGGUUCAGAGAAGGAAGCACAGCAGAAAUGAGACUUACACAUUUAUACUGAAGAAAGCAGCAGGUUUGUGGCCCAUGGCUUCAAAGAAAGAUGCGAGGAAAAUUACACCUCCAGAAAAGGACUCAAUAGCAAAAGGACACAAAAUUUCUUACGGUAAAAGAAGGAAAACAUUCAGUAAGAUACUUUGGCCCAUAUCUGUGGACCAAAUUAGAGAGAGCUAUCAAGGAGGUGACAACAAUAACCCAAUUCAAGAAAUGUAUAAGAAGAAUGGACUUAGAAACUCUUUUUGACUGUAGACUUUAGUUUAGUUGUACAUAGGAUUUUUUAGAAAUUUUUAUGUUUUAAUAAUUAUACUGUAAUUUCAUAUUUUAUGCUCUAAUUUAACUUUAUAUACUUUUUUCGUUGUGUCCCCAAUUAGCUAGUAAGCUAAAUAUUUUUUGACACAUUAAUUAAGUUUUUCAUUGAUUGAUUGAUUGAUUGAUUGAUUGAUUGAUUGAUUGAUUGAUUGACAAAGACACCUGCUAAGAAUAGAAUAAGCUGGAUUUUAUACAGUGAAAUAAAUUGAGGCUUCACCUUUUAAAUCAUUUUUCGAGUUCAUUUUCUCUGGUUUGGAUAUUACUGGUUUAGGCAUUUCUCUGACAGUGCAGAGGUUGUGGACUCGUGGAAGUGCAACCUGCACAAUAUGGGACCCCAGAGGAGAAAGCACAAAACGUAAGUAAAUUCUGUAUGUUAUUAGGGAAAUCAGCUAGUAACAUCCACUAAUUCACGUUUGAAAAUGCUAGGAAUCUGAAGAUGCUGAAACACUGAUGCUGAAAUAAUCCUUCAAUUCCAGAAAAUAAUGGUACAUAAAAAAUUGCUGAGAUAACAGAUGAGAUGCAAAUCUCUGUGCAUAUGCGCAAAAAGCCAAAGCUUGAUAUUGCUUAAAAAUUCUUUAAAAAUUAUGAAAUUCUAAAAUAAAUUUAUAUCUGAUUUACAAAAUUAUUAAAUUAACAUCUGAAAGGUGCGUUGAAAAGAAGAAGUGCUAUUAUUGAAGCAGGCUUUAUUACUGUAAACUUUCAUAUCAAAUACUUGAAUGAAAUCAAAUAUUCAUCUUGAAAGUUAACAUAAGUUAUUAACAAUUUCUUUACUCAUUAUCUGUCACAAGUGAAGAAAUCUAUAGAAGAGUUCGUGAAAAUAUAGAAGCAGCAGUUAACGGUUAAAAGUGUUUUUGUGAAACUGGUGUAUUAUGUAGAUUCAUGUUAUGCUUUGGACUUACUCCAAUGCAAGGGUUUUUUUGAAGGUACUUGCUACAUACAAUAUCAUCAUUCAUUUAUUUCACAAUAUCUAAUCUAAAACAUGUUCAUCUGAACUCAGCACUUUUUUCAAUGUAUAAAAUCGUUUAUUUUCUUUAGAAUUGAUAUGCCUUUAACUCAUACUUUUCAAAUGAUAAGCCUUGACUUUAAAUUUUUCACGAGAGGUUUUACGAAGAACUAGGGAAAUGCCGAUAAAACAUAUCUCUUUACCUAUUUUUACCUUUAUCAGCUAUACUUUGUGCUCACUGAAUCAGGACCAAAGUGUACAAGUUUAAAAUGCCUCCAUAAAUGUGGUUUGCAGAGGGGGAAAGAUUUUUUAUAGCCACUUUCUUUUAUGAUACCAGAAACUUUUGUACCUAUCCGUCUCAUUUUCUAUCAUAUUUUAUUUCUUUCGUCAGUGCUCCAGCAUAUUCUGUCUAAUAAGCAAGCAGGGCUGUUGUAUUCGUACUUUAAAGUUACUGCAGCCUAUGACAAGGACCUGGCCACGCUUCAGGGCAACAGUUAUGCAAUGAUAAAGUAUUAGUAGCUCAUUUGUAGCUUUUCCAAAUUCAACUGAACUAUGAAUUAAGCAGUUAUAUCAAGUCUUUUUUUCUUACAGAUUUUUCGAGAUUGGGCUAGAAAUUAUCACUCAAAAAUACAGAACUGAGUUACAUAAAAAUGAUGAACUCAGAGACAGUUACAAGGAUGUUAACUGGUCCCAAAGGCAGUCAGGAGACAAUGCAGUCACGAUGGUAUUAAAACGUUAUUGACAUAUUCAGGCAAUAAUUAUGUUAGAUCGUGUGAUCUUUCUUCACAAUUUUCCCUUCAAUUACAAGAAUAAAAUUUUAAUUCGAACAGUACUUUAUAAUCAUCACAUUCUCUGAAUAGGAGCAACUGUGCAAUGCAAAUAUUUUUGUGGGUUGUUUCAACAAAGAUGGCAAUCACUGGGUUUGCUGAUAAGAUCACUUAAUGUCACAGGACCCUAAUGAUAACAGUAUGUUUGCCAUACUGAAAGUUCUGUUCUAUUGCCUGACAUAUUCUCCAGAAUAAGGACAAACAAACUUUUCUUAUCUUGUAGAUCAUUUAUCUAGCAAAACGAAAGGUCGUUUAUGUUGACCAGAUGGGGGCUUCAGCUUUAGAGUUAAGAAAUAUGGAAGAAACUGGAGUUAAUAUCAUAGCAGUUACUAAUAUAAGAUGACCUUGCCUACGGUCACCAAAGGUUGUUGAUGAAGAAACACUCUAGCAAUUGUUACGAUUAAAGUUAUAGAUUUUCUUGAUAUGCUUAUGAAAUGCAUUAUUUCUAUCUUUUUUACACUAUGGAAUAAUAAUAUGACAAACAUAUAACACUUAUAAAGAUCCUAUCUUUAAGACGAACCUGUUCCCCAAUUCCUGCCUACUCUGUGAAACUACCUUUAUGACAUAACAAAGCUUCUUUAAAAAAAUGAUGGACUAUUAUUGUGACUAACAUAAAAAAGUUAAUCUUUGCCGAAAUUUUGAGGAUGGAAAGUUCAACUUAUAGUCAGGGUUCUAAUGAAAUGUGGAACGAACAUAGACUUUACUGCCCAGCCCUGUCCAACUUUUACACUGCUGCAGUCAACACAGUCGAGCCUACUUCAAAGCUGAAAGCAAUGUUUUAUGAAAGCAUUCAGUUCUUGUGACACUGAACAUGGAAAGAAAUAUGGUAAUAUUUGCAAUCUUUACUUGGUGUUGAUGAGAGAAAGUGACAUCAAUAUUGAUGCUUCUGAAGUUGGCCAGAAAUGAUCAACAUCAUUUCAAUUUCUUGGUGCUAAUGGAUGGCCAAGUGUUUGCAAAUGAAGAAACUUAUGGCUUUGAAAUAAAGGUCCAUAUUGAAAGUUCAACUCACCUUUGCAUGUAGCCAUUCUUGACAAAAAAAUUUGCUCAAGAAAAAUUCAGAUGGAACCAUCAAAUUGAAACGCAAGCACCAACAAUUUUCUCAAGUUGAAGGGUAGGAUUGAAAAAGUGGAUUUUUUGUGAGGUUUUUUGACAACGAGCCAUUGCUCAGAGAAACCAUUUUUCUGAUAAAACCUUCAUGAUAAACUUUUUACUACCCAGACCCUGGAGCUGUACUGCCAGAAUUUUUUACUCAAUGUGUCAAACAGGGAAACAAGUUAUAUGUACAUGGAAGAUGGGAAAAUUAUCCUAAAUAGAAUGUGUUUAUUACAAUUAAUUUAUUACAAUUUUACUACAAUUAAUUCUCAUCAAGCAUAUCCACAAAAAGUGUUAAAAAUUUGUAAGUAGACAACAUACACUAAAAAUUUGGUUAGAAAUAGGAUUCAAUGAUAUGGUAAAACUCCUCCAAGGAUAUGGUAGUUUUUAUUCUUCAAAUUGCUCUUUCUACAUGUAUCCAGAUGAAUGCAAUGUGAGCAGUCUCUUUAGUUUUCUCUGAAGUAAUCUGGCUUUUUGAACCUUGAAUGGAGGAAUAUUCAGGGUGACUCCAGCUGGCAAGAUGUCUGUUAUGUCAAAGCCAUGACCAACAGGGGCAGAUCAAGACAUUCUCAACAUUCUCAAUUGAGAAUGUCAGAUUUUCCCAGUUUGAUUAUUCUAAUUAAAAUGCUAAAAGUAAUGAAUGAGCUCAGGUUUAAGAUUCAAGAUAAGCAUAUCUUUUUUAUUAUGUAUUUAAGGUAUUUACUUCUACAACAUGGCCGUAUUUGAUAUUUUACUUCAUUCUGCCUUUGCAAAAUUUUUUUAGAUCUUCUCUGGUGAAAACCACAUUCUCCUUCAUUGAACCACAUAAUAGAAAUAGGCAGAAGGGUAACUCCUGCAAAUGAGGUGAAGCCUGAAAAUUUUGGCACAUGCGUUAACUCAGAAUGAGACUUGACAUGUCUCUAAUUUUUUUUUGAACGUGGCUGGCAAACUGAAUUAUAUCAUUUUCCAACGAGAAAUCGCUAGAAAAUCAGCGGAGGAGGUCGAAAGGAGUUUACUUCAAAGCUGAUAACCAAAACCUCACUCUUCCUAUCUAAAGGAUUGAAAAAAAGCUCAGAGAAUUAAGAAAGCAUUGAAGCUACUAGAGGGUGUAGUUUGCCCUGACCUCCUGAACUUUUUAAAAACACAAUUGAAAUUUUCAUGCUAUCAUUCAAAAGGUAGACGAUUUGAUGAUAAUUUUAAGGCCUGGGCUUUGACUUUAUGUCACAUCAGUGGAAAGUCAUACAGAUUUCUAGCAAAGCUUUUUAACUUACCUAGCAAGAAGACUCUAACCAACACUGUGGCAAAAUUUGCUUCAGAUGUUGGAUUUACUGAGAAGUCUUUUUAUGUUAUAAAGCAGAGAGCAGAGUCACUACCAGCAGCAGGUAAGAUUUGCUCUCUUUUGAUGAAUGAAAUUUCACUGAAAAGCCACCUGUUCUAUGAUAUAUCUAAGGAUCAUUUGGUUGGCUUGGAGGACUUUGGUGAUGGUAAGUUAUCUGGUCUAGUUGCUAACUCCGCUUUGGUGUUGAUGGUUAGGGGAAUUGUUCAUAACUGGAAACAGCCUAUUGCAUUUUUUCUUGUUAACGAUUCUUGUGAUGCCUAUAGGAUAAAAGAUAUAAUAAGUGAAGCCCUUUUCAUUUAGAAUCUAUGGAAUGUUGUUUCCAUCAUCGGUGACCAAGGUUCAAAUUUCUUAUCUUUCACCCCUUCUGAAAAUGUAACUGCAGAACAGCCAUACAUUCAAAUGAGAGGCAAAAACUACUUUGUGAUUUUUUACCCUCCACAUCUUCUUAAGUCAGUCAGCAACAAUCUUUUAAAGUACAAUUUCGAAUUUGAGAACAAAGAGGCAAACUGGGAUGACAUCAAAUCUUUCUUUAAUAAAUAGCAAAAACAAUUUUUUGCCCCUUAGCUAACAGAAAGGCACAUUAAUCCUAAUAAUGGCUUUAUGAAAAUGAGAGCCAAGCUUGCUGCUCAAAUAUUUAGUCAUUCUGUCGCUGCUGGUAUUACUCUGUAUGCAAGCCUUGGUGGUCUUUCUAAAAGUACAGCUGAAUUUUAGAGAGAGUUGAUAAGAUCUUUGACACCUGCAAUUAAAACUAUAAAAAUAGUAGAAGGGGCUAGGAUUUGCAGUAAUUAUUAGGUAAAGUUAGUAUACAGUUUUUUUCUAUUUUGCACAGGGUAAAAGCAGAUGGAAACUGCAUUUAAAAGGCAUGCUCAUAUGCAGCUAUUGGUAAUGAGAGUUUUGAGUCAAGUUUUAACAGCCUAGUUCAAAGUUUAUGAGUUAAGUUCAAAGAGCUCACAGCUCAGUUGAGAUUUAUCUUCAUCAAGAUUCCUAUACCUCACAUCCGCAUUUUGAAAAAACUUAUCAAAUGAAAAGAAUUAUGCCACCUUUUUUUUAAAUCUCUGUCCUUUGAUGCAAGUGAUCACUUUGAUUACAACCUUAAUAAUGAUAAGCAAUUGUGAAAAUGUUGUUUGAUUACAACAUUAAACAAUUGUGAAAAUGGAAGAUGGUGUCAUUCACAUGUAUUUUGGCAUUACCAAGUGUAAUACAGGUCCACUUAUGUCUCUCUAUCCCGACACAGAAGAUAAAUCUGCUGUAAUCUUAAGUAAUGCACAACUCCUUUCAAGAGAUCAAAUGUCCAGAAAUUCUCCAAUAUAUUUAUUUUGGUCAGUUAGCUGCAUUCCUUCUGGAAGUAAGAGAUCAAUUAAGCCAAAUCACAUUGUCCCGGUUUGGUUGUCAAUGAUCCUUCUGAAGAAUUCAAAGUACCUCUUAAAUCUAAGCAAACAAAACUUUUCUUUCCAAAGUGCCAGACCAAAGAAAGACUUGAAUCUUAACCCUUUCAUCAAGAAGAGCCUCUUUUAGAGGCUUUACCUUGCGACCCUGUGAACAUGAUAAGCCUCUUUAGCGGCUUUGGCAAUGGUUUUUGUGUAGACUAGAUUGUGAUGGCUACCUUUGUUAUAUACCAUUAUGUAGUCAAACUUUUAAAACAACAAAAUCUUAGGAAUUUUGCAUGUGGUUUCAUAUGAAAUUUUUGUGCAAACGGCCAUUUAAAAUUUACAGCGAGCUUGCAUGUUUUGAAAUUAUGGCGGCCUACUAAAUUGAUGAGUGCUACUCACUGUCUGAAUCAAGUGAAGACGAUGUGCCACAAAUUGGAGAUUUUAGUGACGAAUUUGUUACCGAUUUUUAAAUGUUUUCUGUGAUUCAGAUGACGAAGAAGAAUUUGAAGGAUUUCGCUUUGAAAUGCCAGCACUGGAUGAUGUGGAAUGGACACUCAAUUCCGAGCCUAGCUUGUCAGCUGAUCCAGAUGCUGUUCACGAUUUACCCGACCAGGGCCUACAACAAACAAAGCAGAUGAUGCGAAUGCUUUUUUCAUUUCUAGCUAUUUUUUGGGGAUGACGUUUUAAAAAAAAUUCGAGACAGAAAAAAACGCUGCAACAAAGUUACACGAAACCAAUGGUGAACAGUGGAAGGUGACCAUAGAGGAAAUCAAAACCUACAUCGGCAUGGUUGUGAUCACCAAUAGCCUGCUUGUAGUGCCAAGGACAGAACGAUAAUUCCUUGCAGAAGAGAGCAAGUGAAUUUUCCACACGAAUAUUGGAAAAAUCUUUACCAGAGAUAGAUUUGUUGAGAUUCAGCGCUUCAUACAUUUUUGCAAUCUAAAUAUAAUGGGAGAGAGCAGCGAUUGCCUUCACACAAUUAGGCCAGUGUUGGAGCACUUGCAAGAAAUUUCAAAACGAUGUAUGUUUUCCCAAGAGACAUCUCAGUGGACGAGAGUAUGAUUCCCUUCAAAGGACGUCUUUCUUGGACACAAAGAAUGCCACAAAAGCCAGUGAAGGUUGGCAUCAAAGUUUUUAUUUGGCCAGCGAGCAAGAGAUACUGUUGGAACUUUGUCGUAUACACGGGCAAGGAAGGAAACACUGACAGUGAUGUUGGCGACUUGGGAAAAACCGACAUAGUUGCUGUCAACCUCUUGAAAGAACUAACGCAUCGUGGCCAUCAUCUGUACAUGAAUAAUUUUUAUACCAGUGUACCACUGCUACUUUACUUGCAAAGGAAAGGAAUUUUGGCCUGUGGAACAAUAGGUUGAAACAGAUGAUAUUACCCUCAGCAACUACUGGGUAACGAUAAUAAAAAAAUGGAAAGGGAAUUUGCAAGCCCUAAGGGGCUAAUUGCUCUGGUUUGGAAAGACACAAAGCCUGUUCAUUUCCUCAGUGCCAUUCAUUAUUCCUUAGCUGGUGAGCCUGUGACCAGAAACACAAAGAAAGACGGGGAAUAUGAGCAAAUCAGAACUCAGUGCCCCCUGCUGAUCCAAGACUACAAUGCAAAAAUGCUUGGGGUUGACCUUUGUGACCAGUAAUCAAUUGUUAAAAAAUACAAAAAGCAAAAACGAUUUUUUCUGAGAAUAUUUACUGCUAAUUAAAGCAAUAAACAAUGCCUACAUCAUUGAGGGGCAAAUCAAACCCCAUAUGGUGCCAGGAAAAAGAAAACGUGACCUCCUUGCUUUCAAGGAGGAACUAGCCUCGGUGCUAGUCGGAAACACAAGGGUUGCAAAUUGUGGAAAAGGAAGGAAGAGAAGGAGCACAACAGAAGUUGAAGAAAGGAGACUCGUAAAUGUAGGCCUUUAUUUGCCACAAAAGGAAGAAGGGAAGGAACAUAGAUGUGUUGUUUGCUGAAAAAAGCAAGCAUUCUGGAUAACUGCAAAUCCAGGCAGAGAUGUGAAAGAGUGCCCAUAUUCAUUUUCCAAAACAACAUUUUGGUGCAUUGGGUGCGAGCCUGUAAAUUCUGUAUAUCUGUGCAUAAAAAAAUAAUUGCUUUAGAGACUACCACACAAAGGUGCAGUUUUGGCGUUAAAAGGGACACUAUUUUGUUCUGUUUUUGUAUUUUAACUAAAUUUGUUUGCUUAAUGAGACUGUGUGCUAAAACCAUGAUUUUUGAAUUCUCUAUCUUCUGAUGCCAAGUGUUCUAUAUAACAUUACCUUCUUCCUUGCAAAAAUUUAAGUUGAAAAUUAUGUACGAAAAUUUUAUGUUUAGGCCAGGGAAUUCAGUGUUAGAGCCACUUCCGGAAUAGGUCAUCUAGUGAAAGAUAGGUUAAUAAGGAGAGUAAUUUGGAUGAAUUAGCAAACCACAAUUUAAGCACUUCAAUGAACUCCUAAAUGGAAAAUAAUAAUUUUGAAAUAAAUUCCACUACAGGGUUUUGAUUUUGAUGUAGGAAGCUUUUACUUUAAAGUGGACCAAUUGUCAGAUUCCCAACGUUAUCAUCCAGUGAAGGAUGUUUGGAAGCCUGAGGACAAGUUUGAUUAUCCUUGUCGCUCUUCUUGUGGUACCAGAAGAAGAUUUUUGCCCAACUGGUUGUCUAAGUUUCCAUGGCUAGUCUAUUCUAAGAAGCUAGAUGGUGCCUUUUGUCUUCCUUGUGUUCUUUUUGGUAGGAGCAUUGGUAAAAAUGGAUCCAAAAUAACAUGUUUGGUAAAAAGUCCCUUUAAUGAUUGGUCUUGUGCCCCUAGGGUGUUUCAUGAUCAUGAGAGUGAGUCAGAUGUCCAAAAAAAUGCACUACUCUCCAUGCAAAGUUUUUGUGGUGUUA